GCUGGUUUGCCUUGGCACCUUUGGGCCUCGAAGUUGCGACCAGCAUGGGGACGUGCGAGAACCAGCUCUUCCCUCCUACGGACUUCCCAACGCGACCAGCCUACCUGAAGUUCAAGAACNNUGCCAGUAUGGGGUCCUCAAGGAGGACGGCCAGCUGAUCGACUGCAAAGACGUCCCCGCAGAUGUGGAAAGCGGCGCCGACUCAACGGCUGAGCAGAAGGAGAAGUACAGGCCCCAGGUGCUUGCAAAGUGCGUGUGCACCCCCGGCACGGAAUGCAAGUCGGUGAUUGCGAACGCGGGCGUUGCCUCGGUUGCUUCGACCAUCUUCGUCAGGAUAGCCUUGGGGACGCUCCUAGAGCGCUUUGGCCCCGUGAACGUUCAGUGCGGCUUAAUGUCGUUCGGGGCUUUCUGGGUGGCCAUG